CAGAGAGAGAGAGAAAAAAAGAAACCUUCAUGUGAGCUGUCUAUGUGAAAGUAGUUCCGGGCACUUAACCCAAAGAGGGGAGAGUCCCGGAUGUUGGCUCGGCCGCCGAAAGAAAGGCGAACGGGUGAAGGCGGAGAGAAGCUGAAGAGGGACGCCACGGCACCGCAGGCACACCGGCGAAGCCACGGUCACAGCGGCUCUUCGCACAGGACGAUAGCGUCAGGAGCGCAGGACAUCCCCGAGGGGGAGGGCAACCCGCUAUCCGAAGAAGAGGAGGUGAAGGAAGGGGGGAGACAGUUACUCUGAAAACUACCGUGAGGAUUACAGAGAGCCACCGUCACAGCAGCUUUCACCCUGACUGAUCUCCAGAAGAUGGUAUGCUGAUGUCCUGAGCUGAGGGAGCCUUAACUUCAUUCCCCACUCGCCUUUGUUAUUCCACACCUGGUCUGCUCUCCAUCAGUCACCAACACCAACAGCUACCACCAACACCUUCACAUUUUCCCCACCCCCUUUUGUCCAGCCGGUCGUCACCAUGACGUCGGAGCUGGAAAGCAGCCUGACCUCCAUGGAUUGGCUCCCUCAGCUGACCAUGCAGGCGGCCAUUCGCAAGGCUGAUGCCCAGAAUGCCCACGGGCCCGGCAUGGGAAAGAAGAGCGCCCUGCUCGAUCCCAACACCACGCUGGACCAGGAGGAGGUGCAGCAGCACAAGGACGGCAAGCCGCCCUACAGCUACGCCAGCCUUAUCACGUUUGCUAUCAACAGCUCGCCAAAGAAGAAGAUGACACUGAGCGAGAUCUACCAGUGGAUCUGUGAUAACUUUCCCUACUACAGGGAGGCGGGCAGUGGCUGGAAGAACUCAAUACGGCACAAUCUGUCAUUGAACAAGUGUUUUCUCAAAGUGCCUCGCUCCAAAGAUGACCCAGGAAAGGGCUCUUACUGGGCCAUCGAUACCAACCCAAAGGAGGAUGCUUUGCCUACACGGCCAAAGAAGAGGCCGCGGUCUGGAGAGCGGGCUUCCACGCCGUACAGCCUAGAGUCAGAGUCUUUGGGGAUGGAGUGUAUGAUCUCUGGAAGUGCCUCUCCAACGCUGGCAAUCAACACUGUGACUAACAAGGUGGCGUUGUACAACACAGACCAGGAAGGGAGUGAUAGUCCAAGAAGCAGCCUUAACAACAGCCUGUCUGAUCAGAGUCUGGCCUCCGUCAAUCUCAACAGCGUGGGCAGUGUGCACAGCUAUACACCGGUGACCAGUCACCUAGAGCCUGUGUCCCAGUCUAUGAGCCUCCAGCAGCCCCCCCAGUCCCAGUAUAACAUGCCAGACAGGGACAAGCAGCUCUUGUUCUCAGAAUUUGAAGAUCUCAGUGCCUCCUUCCGCAGCCUUUACAAGUCUGUUUUUGAGCAGUCCUUCAGCCAACAAGGUCCGACGAUGGGCAUACCGGCAGAUUCCUCCCAGCAGACCCACACCUCCUGCUCCUAUCAGCACUCCCCCAGUGGCACCAUUAGCUCUCAGAACAGCCUCUCAAACAACCAGUCUAACAACCACCCUAACAGCCACUCCACCAACAGUGGUCAGGUUCCCCUGUCCCAUCCUGCCCAAGCCCACCCUGGCCACGGCUCGCCCCAUGCGCAGCACCUCUCGCAGCACGGGGGCCCUCACAACCAACACAACCAACACAGCCAACACGCCCAGCACAGCCAACACAGUCAGCACCCACAGCACCAACAGCACUCCCAGCAUCCUCAGCAUGCUGCGCACUCCCAGCACGGGCAGCAUCCAUCGCAGCACCAGUCCCACAGCCAGCACCCGCAGCAACACACGCCACACCCCUCUCAACACACACAGCACAGCCAGCACCCACAGCAACAUGGACAGCAGCACCAGAGCCUCUCCCACCAGCCCCAUCCUACCCAGCAACAAAUGGCCUGCAACACAGGUUUACUGUCUGACUGGUACCCAAAUCUGGAUGCACUGAAAGAAAGCUGUCGUAUUGCUAGCAGCUAUAACUGGGCUGAUGUCGACCUUUCACCUUUCCAAGGACUGAGAGAGAGCAUGAGACAAGCAGAGUUGAACAACUGGUCUCUGGAACCCACCCAAAUCGCAGACCUCUGCUCAUCCAUCAACCAGUUUUUUGCUCGCACUGGCGUGAUCCAGCCACAGGGGGCAGUGCAGCCUCCCGUUUGCCAUGGCUCCAUGCACACCAACAAACCCAGCCAGCACCUCAACGCAGCAGGAAAUCUGUACAUGGACUCCAGACAAAGUAUGUCCAUGAUGGUUCCUCCAGCAUAUCCCCACAUGCCCCCCAUGAGCAGUGCAGGACCCACUAUGACAGGACACCAUGCACAGAUGAACCAGCAGCACAUGAUACCUGCCAGAAACUUCCAGAUGCAUCGCAUGCAAGCUGACGAUAUCCAGGAUGAUUUUGAUUGGGACUCCAUUGUCUAGCUGCUAAAACUGCUUCUCGCAAAUACACAGGAGCGAAGGGAGGAGAUGGAAGCCAGGCUGAGCUGAAAAGGCCGCAGGUGGAGGAGGCCAAUGUGGGUGGACUGCAGAAGAACAUUUGAGAAGCUUUGGUGGAGAGACGCAGAAUUCAGACUUCAGAGUCCUGACAGUUUAAAACAAAAACAAAACAAAACAAAAAAAUAAAAGCAAAACAUAACUAGAAAAUGUUACUUUGAAGACAAUCAUAUUUAGUCGGACAUUUUAAAGUGAUUGCUUACAAACUUGUGUAGAAGCAAGUUGAACACAUUCACGUCUGAACCACGUGCUCCUCAGCCAGCCCUCUCCCCGUCCCUAGCGAGCGGCCUUCCAAAGUCCGAGCCCCCUCCCCCCUCCCUCCUCCCCUCCUCCAGCCUCCUGCUCCGUAACCGUUAUGUGAUUUGAGCGGCGUGUUCAGCUUGUAAUUCUUCUCGUGUUGACCUUGGCCUCAGCUGCCUCUUGGAUGAGUUUCUCUCUUUAUUUUUUCUUUUUAAAUUGUUAUUUUCUUCUUCUUCUUUUCUUUUCUUUUUUUUUUUUUUUUUUAAAUGAAACACAAGCCGUCGCUGUGAGUGAUGUCAUGGUGUUUGUUGGUCACUUUUCGGAGAAAGUUGUCCCGCUGUGGCUGAAUCGGUGGUUAAAGAUAGGUUUACAAAAAACAAACAAACACAGGGUUUAAAAUGUGUAACCAGGCUUGAUGUUAAACAAACCAGAGUAGAAAACAAGAGGGAGAUCAUGGAAAGUGUCGUGAUUUAUUUUCUUUUUUUAAUGUUUUUGUUUGUUUGUUUGUUUGUUGUUGUUUUUUUAAAGCCAGCCAAUGUGAUCAGUCUCACUGCAUUAGACGAGUUAUGGGAGUACAGCAACUGUCUUUCUUUAUUUUUCUGUCCCAAGCACUUCAAGAUGAAUGAAUGAGUGGAAGAUGAUAGCAGAGAGAAGUCAGAUAUUAGUCAUUUUAAAAUUCAUUCAGCCCAGAGUUGAUUUAAGCUCUCCGUUUGCAUCGUGUUUGUUCAUAUUUGGCACUUCCAUUCUCAUUAAACAAGUUUUAGGCUUAAAGUUUGAACAGCAGCUUUCAGGCCAACUUAUUACUGAACAUUAACGGUAACAAUAUUUGCAUGUUGGUCAGAUAACAAGGAGCUGCAUACAGUAAUGUUUAAGACGUGUGAACUCUAAAGUGUCCUGUUCAGUAAAAAACAAAAAAAAAACAUAGAGGGGGGUGGGGGCGACUGAAAUGUCCAUUAGUUAUAUUUUGUAAACAAGACAUACGCUGAAGUCUUUAAACGAAACACUUCUACUGUGGAGGAUUUAAUUGUUAAUUUUCUUCCUGAGAGUUAAUUGAGUGCAUUGUUACCUUAAUGUAAGGGAAUACAAGGAAAAUAUUAGUCCAGUUUCAAAGGUACUAAGUCUGUCGCUGAUUAACGCGCUAUCAUCAUCACUUUAUUACCUUGAAAUUUUUGCUAUUUGCUCAGAUUGACUGAGAGUUUUUUCUCUCUUAGCAGGUUGUGAUCGAGGGUUAUGACCUGAUAAUGAGCAACUGGCACAUCAGUUUUUUUCUUUUGGAGAGAGCUGGGCUAAGCAGCAGUCGCACAGGCCUCAGGACCGGUCAGAGACUCCCUGGUAACCACCAGUCACUAAGGAAAAAUACAUUUUUGCUAGGUGAAGUGAGCCACAAAUAUGAAUGCUGUGCUGUGCAGAAAACCUGCUUGUGAUUGCUUUUAUCACCAGCCGUGAUUGCCUGCUGUUUGCACGGAAGACGCUAAGUGUGCGAUGGAAACCAGAAAUGGAGACUACUUGCUUUCAUAGUAAAAGUCUUUUGAAAUAUGUUUGUUGGGCCUGUAAGGCACAAUUUUUGAGUGUUCACAGAUACCGCAAAGACUCGCAACUUGUUUGUUGGCGUCUUCCAUGCAAACUACGGGCGACCACAGCAAUCUGAUAACAACCACAGCAAUGCUUUUUGGUGGUUUUUGGCGGAGCACCCUCUUUGCAACUGGUUUCACCAGGCGACAGCCAACAACCUCGAGAAAUUACUCACCAACUGGUUGUGGAAUGCACAUUUUUCCGUAGUGACCAGUGGUUGCUAUGGGGUUGUUAACUGGUCUGUAAGCUUGUGUAACUGACACCUUAAUCUUAAGCUGCUGGAAGUGGGCUCAUAUUUACUGCACACACAUAAGAGUCUAAUUCUGGCAAUAAGCAUAUUUCCUAAAUUAAAGAAUUUGUCCAAACCAUAGAUGAAAUGUUUUGCAGUAGUAACAAUUAAACUGUAAAGAAUCCAAAUGCAAUUUGGAUAGUAACGGUUUCAAUUCUUGCUGACUUGAAACAAGGUUAGUAAAGUAAAUUGUAUUUUGAAAAACAAACAAUAGAAACGUAACACUGCCUUCUCAAAGAGAAACAAAUCUGAUCAGCAGAGCAGACAUGACAUUUUCUUUUUCUUUUUUUUUCCUUCUUCAUUGUCACUUCUGAUGUUUAAAUUUUUUGGGAGGAUAUUCAUUUUUUUCUUUAAACUGCCCACAGGUUUUUUUUUUUUAAUAGAGAGAUUUUGCUACUAUACAAUCAUAACUGAAUGAGAAAUGUGACUCAUACAGGACGUACAGUAUAUAUGUGUGCUGGUUAUAGAGUGUGUGUGUGUGUAUGUGUGUUUGGUUUUAUUGUAAUUUUAGGGCUAUGAUUGAUUACUGCAAUCAUCUCUAUGCUAUCUAUGAGCACAAAGCAGAUGCACACAGUGCUUAAAGACUAGAUUUGACUUAGACUUUUUCUUGGAAAAGGGUUUCUGAAGCACAGAACAGGGAAAUCAGUGGUUCUGGAAACCUGUCCACUGUGUCCUGUAACAAGUGGCUCCUUAAUCAGACAGGCGCUGAACUUUAGAGACACUAUGUUUUUUUGUUUGUUUUUGUUUUUGUUUUUUUCAAGUCCUUUGCACACUUUUUGUUUACUCAUCUGAUUGAAGCUGCAAAGAACCGUGUGGAUCGAGUAAUCAUUCUUAUUAGUUCAGUCAUUCAUUCACCUAUCCAUCAUUUCACUUUUAGUCUUCCUGACAUCUAGGAACAAUGAACAGGAUUAUUUUUCUCCUCUCUACAUCUAUGACACUAUAUUUUGGGAAGUUGAAAUUGAUACCAAUCUUAAUUAAAUAUGGUAAAUAUGAAGCUACAGCGACAGAGAAAUGCUGGUAGUUAACACAAUAUUUUUGCAUUUUUGUACAUUUUCCCAGUUUGUGGAGUUCAGAUAAUUAUUACAGUUGUUUUGCACCAAAAGAAAUUUUGUUACUUCUUGUCCAACACCUUUUUUAGAAACGUUUCACAACUUUCUGUCUCCUUCUGGGUUUUGCGACAUCAUUCAUUGCUAAUGAAAGAUUUGUUGCACUACUUUUUUUUUUCCUUUCCAUAGUUUGCUGUGGUCAAAGGCACUGCAAUUUUAGAAAUGCCAGCAAAUAGAAAAACGCUGCUAAAGCACACAAAACACAACUACAAUAGAAAAAUGCCGCAAAAGAUUUUUUUUAAAAAACCUCACGAAACGCAGUGGAAGUGUUUUUGGGACAUAGUAAUGUGACGGAACAGCUGCAGCAGUGACAAUCUGACAGUAGACGGCUAAGACUAAACGUGUAUCUACAAUAUUAAUUGAAUUCACAUCAGUUUUAUAUAUAUUGCGCCACACAACAACAGUCGCCUUAAGGUGCUUUUUAUUGUAAGGUAAAGACCCUAAAAUAAUAUAGAUUAAGACCCCCAACAAUCAUACAACCCCCUCUAUGUGCAAUGACUUGUGAACAUUGGGAAGGCAAAACUCCCUUUUUAACAGGAAGUAACCUCCAGCUGAACCGGGCUGAAGGAGGAAGGCCUUGUGACAAAAGGCCUGUGGAAGAGAAUCAUAUUAUGAGUCAUGUGACACAUUAGCUGCAUCCCUUUCUCCCUCACAACACUGAUGAAUCCUCUGCUUUUAAACACAUGUCGGUGCAUGCCUGUUUUGGUUUCUGGUACUUCUGCAGCUGAUCCUUCACAUUAUUUUCUCCCAAGCGUUUGCGCUGUGUUUUGAGAUUUCAAGAUUUCUUAAGUUGCAGUGUGUUUGACCUCUCAGGGCCACCGUAUAAAUCCUCCACUCUGGCAUCAUAUUUACCAUAUGGACGCGUAAUAUUCUCAUCAAACCCGGCUAGAAAGUGGAAGAGAUGUCAAACUAUCCCAGAAUUUCAAACGAUUUCUUCAAGACAGUUUAGCAAGAAAGACUGCAGUAGUAGGCAUAGUUUUGAUUUUAUACUUGGAAGACAAUCAUGGAUUCUUUUUUAUGAUUUUAUGAUAUUGCGAAAUGUUUUUUCUUAUUUUGUAAAAAGGCACUUUCAAGUCUCUCUUUAUUUUUUUUUAUUUUUUUUGCCCCAAAUUGGAUGAUGGAAAACCAUGCUUCUGAAUACGUAGGUGUGUUUUUCUUUUGUUUUUCGGAUCUAUUACCAGCCUGGUUUUAUACUGUAGACCUUCUGUUGAACUGACCAGAGCUGCACUGUGCAGAAGAACUUGAGUUCUUUUCUUUGAACUAAUGAUACUGCCAUUAAUUUUUUUUUUUUUUUAAUUGUUGUUGUUUUUUAAAUUUUCAGCUAUUAUUUUGUUUUUUGUUUUUUUCCCUGCCAGUCACACACCUGUAUACUUUUGCAUCAUUCUUGCCAUGUUCCUUUUCUCCCUUUGUUUAUCAAAUGUCUCCUGAUUGUGGAGGAUCACUUUAUUCAACUGCCGGGAAUUUUUGAAAAUUAGGACUCAGACAGGACGCUUAAGCCACCUGAGUUAACCAGUUCAUGACUCUUGGGUGAGUGUGGGCCAAAGGACUGCAACCGAAGACAGCAGCAACAAAAUAAAAACAAAAAAGGAGAAUCGGGUUUGUUCUUUGAUGGUCUUAAGGACCCGAAAUGAAGAACAUCCAGCGAGCAGUUGGUUGGAGUGAAAAUGAAGUGUUUCGCUUCUUCCAGGCGAAGACGGUGAACACGUAUAGUACUAUAAAAGCACAUCAUCCAACAGGAAAAGCAGAAGAUUUGAUCGAGCGGAUGAAAGGGAAAAGAAAACGGUGAUGACAAUGACUGGAUCACAAUCAGUUUUACAUUAUGUCUGAGUGAGUGCGUUCGCUUGUGGGAGUUUAAGUUCUAUUUUUUUUUUUUUUUUUUUUCCCCAAGAUGAUGAUUUAAGUUUUUAAAUACCGCUGGACAUGUACCUGCCAGAGAGAUUAUUAUUAUUAUUAUUAUUAUUGGGGGGGGGGAGAUAAUGGGAAAAAAAAGUCUUGUUACAAAAUGGGAGAGAACUGCCAACAUCUACUGCUGAUUGGGGCCUGUUUUAUUCAGUGCUGGUGUUGUUGUGCUUGUACAUAUAUGUCUUCAAUCAUCCCCCCCUUCCCUUUUUUGUUUUUUUUCCCCCCUCUUGGGGGUGGGGUAUCAAGGCAGAGGGUGGGUCUUAUCCAUGAAUGAGGACGGGAGAAGAAUAGAGUAUUUUGUUAUUGUCCAAUCAGAGGGUGACAGUAUGUAUAUAUCUAUAUUGUAUAUAUGUGAUAAAAAAAAAAAUGCGUUGGCUUUUUGUGUGACACUACCUUUUACUUGUACUAUGGUUCUACAUUCAGUGUUUCAGUGUUGAUAAUAUAUAUUUGGUUUGUGUUUUUAUUUUUCCGUUUUUUUUGAUUUUGUCUCUGUCAUUUCUUGUAAUUUUUUUCCCUCCUAUAUUUGUCUUCGUUUUUGUUUAUUGCACGGUUUAUUACUUUUGUUGUCCGAUGAGGUGACACAGCUACUCUUUGUAUUCGUUUAGUGCUGUAAAAUAACUCAAGUGUUAUUAGAAUUGUCGAUACCACCGCCCACCCCCACCCCCUUCCCCAAUAUGCAUGAAUGGCACUUAAAGAAAUAAAAUAUGGUAACUUCA